AUGGGUGAUACAAUUCAAUCUUCUGAUCCCGAUUUCGUAUUGACAGUGGAUUUACCUCUGCAAAAGAAGGAAAUAAGUCCCAAAGAAGAGUCUGCUUUAAAGUCGUUAGUCUCUAAGCUAAAUUCUAAAGGAUUUAGGACUCAAGUAAGGCCAGGCAGCGACCCAGAGCAUUGUUUGCUAUUCUUUAUUAAAUUGAUUACUUCAGAUUCUUUAGAAAAAUCUCUUGAUGGAAGAAUUACCUCGUCAGAAGCAGAAUCUGCCGAUAGAAUUGGAGACAUAUACGAGUUUCUUACUUCGUCAGAAGAGUCUGGUGGCGUGGGAAUCACGCCCUUAUCGGGAGAAUGGACAUUCGUUAAAGGCAUUGCGCCUGUAACUCUGAUUUUCAAGCAUUCAAGUUGGACUCAAGAUGCAAAAGAGUAUAUCCUAGGGAGUCAAGAAAGUAUCGAUGUUAUUAGAGAAAAGUAUGGAGUCCAAAUCGGCAUGUAUUUUGAUUUCCUCAAGUUUUUCACCAUUUGGCUCGUACCUUUAGCAAUUUUGGGUAUUACGUCCUUUCUUAAGUCCAAACUGACCUUUCUGAUGACAUAUACUUUAGUGAAUUUACUUUGGGGAUUGUUAUUUAUGAUAUUUUGGAACCGGAGAGAAAAAUAUCUUGCAAGCAUUUGGGGAAUUAAAGCGAAUGACCAAACCGUUGAAGAUUUACCAGUAUCUAAAAGUGACCUGGAAACUAAAACAAAGAGUGAUGGAAUCCGUUUUAUCAAGGAAUUGGCUUUUGUGCCAAUAGCUUUAUUGUUCACUAUUGUUUUAAUUUCUUACCAGCUAUCCUGCUUCGUUCUUGAAAUUUUUUUAACCGAAAUUUAUGAUGGCCCUGGAAAAAUGUUCUUAUCAUUGAUUCCAACUAUCCUCAUUUCAGCAUUUGUUCCCGCUUUAACUAUUGUUUAUAAUAUUGUCACAGAUAAGGUUAUCUCUUGGGAGCACCAUGAAGAUUUCUUUAGCAGAGAAAAUUCAAUAUUAAUAAAGUCGUUUGUGUUGAACUUCCUAACAAGCUAUAUGCCAUUGGUGAUUACCUCUUUUGUUUACCUUCCAUUUGCUCACUUGGUGGAGCCUCACUUGGGUGAAAUUAAGCAUACUAUAUAUUCAAGUAUUGACGAGAAUCGUUUCUAUUUCAAAUAUUUGACUCAGUUAAAGAGGCAUGAAGACUUUAGAAUUAACCAAGAAAGGUUAAAUAUGCAAUUUAAUUACUUUAUCGUGACAAAUCAAGUUAUUCAAAUAGUGUUAAAAUAUGGAUUGCCUAUCAUUCUAAGAAAAGGAAUUGAAUUGAUAAAAUCAAAGUUGAAAAAGCCUGAAGUCCCAACGAAGAAUAUUGACUCGACCGAUGAAAAGAAAUGGCUAACAAGCGCCCGCGAGGUUCUAGAACUACCAGAGUAUGAUGUGAAUGAUGACUUUAGAGGGAUUGUCAUAUUGUACGGGUAUUUAAUCCUUUUUGGUCCGGUUUGGUCACUUGCUCCCGUUAUUUCAAUAUGCUUCAACGUCAUUACUUUUAGGCUUGAUACAUUUAAGCUUUUUAGCGGAAAAUACUUCAAGCCGCCAGUCCCAAAGGUCACAAAUACAAUUUAUCCAUGGAACAUUGCGCUAUUCCUCUUGACGUGGCUUGGAACUAUAAUUUCGCCUUUAAUUACCUCCUUUUAUCGUCACGGGACCAACCCCCCCAAAACUUUAGGGAAAUUGGCUUUGGACAAAGCAAGUGUUCAUGUUUCGUCUACAACAAAAUUGGUAUUUUUAUUGUUUGCCAUUGAACAUAGUUAUUUGGUUGCGUAUUUAGUCCUCUCAAGAUUGUCUGAAUGUUUCAAAGAUAAGACAUCUGACAAUAUCCUGGAUAGGGAAGAUAAAAAAGGAACAUCUGUGCAAGCAAAACUGGAUUUAAUUUGGACCAAGUUUUCUGAAAGUCAAGUGAUAGAUCAAGCAACUUCUAUUCUUGCUAAAGGUAGGAGUAGAGCUUUAGUAUCUGGUCCAAGCGAAAGUAAACUUUCACUGAGUAAAACAGACGUAUCACUGAAAUCCAGUGAGUCAUCAAGUACUGCUGUAAAUGCAAGAGGAGGCGUAGUCUCUAACUCUCAGUCAGGAGACCUCAAGGACGAUAAACAAGCUUUAAACGCUGAACAGGAGACAUUUAAUGCGCCUUCAACUAUUCCAGGCGUGAAUGGGGAAAAAAAAGAGCUUAUAAAAGAAAAGACCGAAAUGUUGAAAGAGAAAGAGAACGAAUUGAAAUUAGCUGAAGAAAAACAUGUAUUAGCUUUAAAUAAAGUUAAAGACGAAGGAGAUUCUAUCAUUAAAUCUAAGGACAAGGAUGGCAAUGAAGCGUAUUCCACAAUCGACAACAAUUCACAUAUCAAUCCAGAGGUCAUUGAUACGGAGGCACCGAAGGGGGAAUUACCUUCCCCUGAGACGGCAAAGCAUGGAAAUAUUGCUAAAAGUGUUUCAAGUGAAGCAUUUGCCGGAUCAUCAGCCAGUGGACUGCCAAAGCAUGUGCAAGGUUUGGCUAACGGAAGUCUGAGUAAAACAACUAGCGACAGCCAGGAAACAUCGAAGGAUACCAGCGAAAGGGAAGACUCCGAGAUAAAUGGAAAAGGUAGCAGAAGUGUCAGCGAAGAUAAGAAAGUGUCAAAAAAUCAUUCCAAUAACGCAAAUAAAACCGGUGAAGUAAAGCUUGGUAAAAAAAAGUCUUCUUUAAAAAAGCUCUUUAAAAAAUGA